UGGAACUGGACUUUUAUGUUUUGUCGAGAUUUGGAAAUGUCCGGAGUAGUUUAUUUCCCUUUCUGGGUUUGGUCUGGCAAUAGAAUCAGAAGCCCCUACUGCUGUGAGAACAGCCUCUCGGGCUGAGGCCAGGAAGCAUCAAGGAACAAGAAAACAUGAAACAAGAAUUUUAGACUUCUAGGGAUUUCACCAUGGAAGACUUGGAAGGAAAUCACUUCAAAUCAGUGGAAGAAGAAACCAGCUACUGGAAAGAACUGGCUAUGAAAUAUAAACAAUGUGCAGAAAAUACACAGGAGGAACUACGUGAGUUCCAAGAAGGGAGCCGAGAAUAUGAAGCAGAAUUGGAGACACAGCUGCAACAAACAGAAUUCAGAAAUCGAGACCUUCUAUCGGAAAACAAUCGCCUUCGAAUGGAACUGGAGUCAAUUAAGGAAAAAAUUGAAAUGCAACAUUCAGAAGGCUACCAGCAGAUCUCUGCGCUAGAAGAUGACCUGGCACAGACGACAGCUAUUAAAGAUCAACUACAGAAGUACAUUCGAGAACUCGAGCAAUCAAAUGAUGACUUGGAAAGAGCAAAAAGAGCCACUAUAAUGUCUCUGGAGGACUUCGAACAGCGUUUGAACCAGGCCAUUGAAAGAAAUGCCUUUCUGGAGAGUGAGCUAGAUGAGAAAGAGAAUCUCCUGGAAUCAGUGCAGCGAUUGAAAGAUGAAGCCAGAGACUUAAGGCAAGAGCUUGCAGUGCAGCAGAAACAGGAGAAACCCAAAACACCGAUACGAAGUACACUGGAGACAGAAAGAACGGACACAGCUGUGCAAGCAACCUUAUCUGUGCCUUCAACUCCUGCAGUUCAUAGGGGACCCAAUGUCAGUAUAAGCACCCCAGGAACGUUUAGAAGAGGUUUUGAGGAUAGUUACAGCGGGACCCCUCUCACACCAGCUGCCAGGAUAUCUGCGCUAAACAUUGUGGGAGACUUACUACGGAAAGUAGGGGCUCUGGAAUCCAAACUUGCAUCUUGUCGAAACUUUGUGUAUGACCAGUCUCCAAACAGACCCGCCAUGUCCUCAUCCAUGUAUCUGAACAAGAGCAGAGAUGGCCUUGAAAAACGAUUGAGCAGUUCCCACAUGCCUUUGAGCGAUAACGGGUUAGGGAAGCGCUUGGAGUUUGGAACACGGCCUUCAAAUAUUCCUGCACCAAUGGCACAUUCCCCACAAGGUGUAGUCAAGAUGUUACUUUGAGAAGAUCCUGAGAUGACGAGGCCAUGAUGGUUUAGGGUGUUUUUGUUUGUUUGUUUUGUUUUUUAAACUCUUGUCUUUUAAACUUUUAACAGAAUACUAACAAGCAGUCACAGUAGUUAACUUGAAUAAUGGUGGAUGAGAACUACACAGAGCAAUUGGUAACAGUCCCCUGCAAUCUCAGCCUUUCCCCCAAGACUGAGUUGUGUGGUGCUGUGACAAAGCAGCGCUGCCGGUUAGUCCAAUACUGUGAAUCGCUUUCCUACAUCAGCUGCUGUAAAUAGCUUCUUUAAAGCUGCUUCUGUAACACUGCUGGUCAAAACUAAUGACCUGCUAUAUAAUGUAGAGACAAGAUUCCUCCCCAUAAACACUGAAUUAUUUUCUGUAGCACAACUACUGUUUUAGCAAGAGUUAUGGUGUUAUAACUUUCUAGUGCAGUGUGCUGCAUGCAUCAGUGGCCUAAAUUAGAGAAAUGUUUGUCUCCAUCUACAUUUUAGUUCCAUGGCAAGAUUUUUUUUUU